AUGUCUCUCUGCAGGUUGUUCAAUAAUACCCACCAGACAUCAGAUAUAACGAGCAGUGCUUUCUUUUCGGGUUAUGCCGACCAACCUCAAUUGGUACAACCUCCACCUUUAACCGACGACAAAGUCAUGUCCGCGAUUCAGACGAAACACCAAGACGAACGUCCUUCACGGAAACUCAAAUCAGAGAAUAGACUCUACGACUUCCUCACAAGGUCACGAUCACGCUCACGAUCAAAGAACGAACCCCCGUCGGUUCGACAAUCUACGAUGCCUGACAAUCCCUCAAAGUCAAGGACUAGCAGACGGACACAACUUGACACCGCUGCCGACUCACCAGGCUCUAAACCUCCUUCUCGGAUUCAAUCACGCCCUCUCUCUUCAACAACUACUGCUACGAACACUACUGUAACGCCCGGAACGCCCAAACCUAAGAACCAGCAGCAGCAGCAGCACCAACCGCGACCUUCAACAGGCGCCGUUCUACCUCCGAAAUCUACUUUUGGGGGGACACCCCCACGACCUACAACACCUAAGCUGUCGGGUGCCCGUCAGAAACUUCAGGAUUUCUUUAGUAUCCCACUAGGCCGGAAAUCCUCGCGAUCGAGGUCAAGGUCUCGCCCCAGCAGCCCGCGCGCUUCUUUGGAUAUACCCCCAUUACCCACUUCUGGUAUCGACGAUGACCCGACUCCGCGCCCUAGAAAGUCAUAUAUCCCACAACCUCGACCGUCGCAAACCCCAUCCCCUACUCCCGGUCCGAAAGUCCUCCGUGUUACAAACGCAACUACCACUUCUUCUUCCACCGGGUCUACAGCUGCGUCCAUCAAAAUCACCAAGCUCUUCUCAAGUAACACCCCCGAGCCAGCUUUACCCAAAAGGCCAACAACUUCUGGUGGCCCUCCUAUCUUGCCUCCUUUACCAUCUUUUGUAUCUGCGCCUAUUAAACGGGUUACCUCAUUGCAUCGCCGAAGUAGCGUGAAGGAUCCAACAGAGCCUCCAACCCAAUCUGGCCUUGCACCGCCGAAGAUAAUAACUCAUACUCCUCCAAGUCCCGCCAGAGACCCUGGUGGCAACUCAUCCAAAGGCAUUAAUGGCAAUGCCAGUGGGAGCGGAACCCAUCCUCCACUGACAGCAGCGCGGCAGGGAUACCACGCCACAAAGGGUUCUCUUGACUCUGGUUAUCGGUAUCGCGGAGCUACGAUGGGCGUAGUUAAUGAAGAAGCCAAUUCUGCGCAGCUUUCAUCCGCGGGUCAUUAUAAAGGUAAACACCGUGAGGGCGCAAUAUCUGCUGGGGUUCAUGAUUCUACUCUCUCCCAAAUUCCCACACCACGGACUGGACUCAAGAUGAGCAAAACAACGCGCGCUACAAAGCACGGAAGCUUUGACUUUGAGCGGCCUGGAUGGGGCACGACGGCAAUUCAACGCACUGGAAGUAAUGGUACCACGGCAACUGCGAAUAGUACAUGGAGUAAGAAUUCAGAAUCGGCGAAUAUAGAGAAGGAAAGAGAAAGUACAUAUGGGCCAGGCUUGGCUGGGGUCGGUACUUUGCAGAGAGAGGUGUCAAUGAAAAGAGCACAAGAGAGGGAAGAAAUGUUGAAAUUGAAGGAGAAAAGAAGGCAGGUUCACGGUACACCUCUAGAGAAGGAAAAGGAGCGGGCGAGAGAAAAACAUAGGGACAGAGAAAGACCACCUACAGCAUCGCAGCGGACAACGCCAGGAUCAACGCCGUCUGGAUCUGAACAUCUUCACGGUUCAUCGUCUGCAGCAACCGGCAAGACAUCAAGUAUGAGCAAAGCUACAGGGAGACGCGGCUUGCUUUACGGCGGUACAGAAAGAAAGACCGCCAGCGGUUCAGGGGUCACACGGCUUAUUGGAUUGAUGCCUUCCCAACAUGGGCCUUUUUCUUUCGAGCCACCUGUUCCAUCACCCACAAGAAGUACUGGGACGGCGAGCACAGGAACUGCCCAUGAAGUCAUCCUCUCAAAUUCAUGGACGAACAAAGCGGAAAAGGAGCGAGAAAGGGUGCGAGAUGAGAAGGAACGGUUGACGACGAGGAAAACUACCAAUGGCCUAUCCAAGAGAAUCGGAGACCGCGCCCCCGUUCCAGUUCCCACCGUGCCUGCGCACUUAUCCAACGGCAAUGCCGGUCAUCGCUCUGGGACGAAGGGUCGCUCAUUAGAUCUAGGCCUUGGGCUUUCUUGGGCGCCCAACAAGGUGCGCGAGGAAGCAUUGCUCCCUUCCUCUGGUUUUUUUUCGAGAUCACUAAGUGGUUCAUCGGGAGGACAUCGUAACAUCUCACGUACUGCUUCUGGGUCUACAACAGCUACCGGUCGCUCCGCUACUGUCACCAUGGAUCGCAGCGCAAGUGGUAACGGUAAUGGGAGAUAUAGGGAUGAGGGCGUGGAUGCAAUCACUGACGUCGAGAGGUCGAAAUUGGGCAAAGAAGUCGCCGAGAUGUUUAAAACUGCCCUUCAUCCCGAGGACUACAGGCUGUUCAGAACUUAUGUGCAUCAGUUCGACGCACAUGAAAUCCCAUUCGAUGGCCCUAUGGGUAUAGUAUCACUUGUAGAAAAUCUUUUGGUGUCGGCCCCCCAUCUAGGAGAGGAUGGCAAACGACGACUGUUAGACAACCUAGCUGUUGCUUAA